AUGGGCAGCCACAGUUCACGGCCGCGGCAUGAGUUGGCAGAGGAUCUAUUCGCGGAGCACUCCGCAAGUGGCAUGGGUGCGCUGAGCUUCAUGUCGGCCGACCUGUUCGCCUACCUCCUCAACUUCCUUGAAAUGGAAGACGCAUGUCGUCUGGGCAGCCUCAACCGCUUCUUCCAAGCUCUACUGAGUCCCAGGGGCUACGCCUGGCGGCAGUUCUACAUCAGGUCUGCGUACUACGACCACGAGAAGUUCCUGGAGAUGGACAAGAGCAACGACAGCAACUGGAAGUCGCUGUGCGCGAGCAAUCAUCGACUAGACACAUCGCCCCUACGCUGCGGCGAGGCGUUCAUGCUGCAAAAGGAUUUGCUGGGCUGCGUCGUGGACAAAACUUACAAGGGGCCCGUGCUGGUUCAGCGGGUGGUCACCAAACGGGGCGUGUGGCGCGGGAGACACCUCUUCUCGGUCAAGGUCGAAGGUUACAGCCCAGGGCGACAUGUUCCGCCGCAUGGGUACAUCUCGGCGGUGGGCAUCUUUGCGGGCGACGGCACUCUCGACACCAUCAAGGAGGUCGACAUCGUGACCUUCUACGUCAACGGGCACAAGUGGGUGAUGUUGGUUGGCGUGGCGAACGAUGGAGAAGGCAGCAGCAAGGCGCCGUGGUUCUUCUACAUCUCCAUCAAGAACUACGCCGUGCCGGCUCACAUUCCAAACUCGAAAACUGAGCAGGUGUACCGCAUCGUGCCCCACCCUCCUCUGCGCACCACCGAGUACUCUUUGGCCCCUUCAUCGUCAUCCUCCGCUAAAGAGUAA